GAAGCUGCUGCUUGCAUGAUUAUGGUCACCGAAGCACAAAUCGUUGUAGCUCAAGAGGGAGAAAAGUGCUAUACAGACGGCUUCAUACGCACAUUGGUGUCAUUUCCGCUUUCGGACAUUCGCAAAGGUUGGAUAGUAAGAACUGAUACUCACAUGUCUCUUGUGCUACGAGUCGACGCUAUGCACCAUUGGUUCUUCUUCCGAUCUGAAUCUGAGCUGGAUAGGAUUGUUAUGACUUUAUCCAUUUACCCCAUCUCCAUCAUGGAAAUCGACCAGCAAUCACAGGACAAGACUAUAGGAUAUAUUUUGAACCAGUGUCGGAGAACUCCCAACUUAUGGCACCGCGCAGUUUUUGCGACGGAAGGCUUUGAGUCAGACAACUAA